AUGGGUUUCAAAGGUCUCGCCACCGAGUUCGCCAAAGGCCAAGCCAAAAGCGCCUUCUCAUCCACUCAACCAACCAACCAACAAACCCACCAGCCAGCAAGUAAAGGACUCAAAAAAUUCGUCAAGAAGUUCGGCAAAGGCGCCGUCUCGAAACAAUUCUACAUCUACGAGACCUGGCUGCGCUGGGCGGCGCGGGGUCUGCAAUUCAUCCUCGCCCUCAUCGUAGUCGGCCUGUACGCGCACCGCGUAGACAAGGACCGCCGGGCCAACAGCCCCCAAUCCGUCGCCUGGGUCUACGCCGUCUUCGUUUCCGGCCUGUCGUGCAUAACCUGCGUCGUGUUCGCGAUCCCGAGCCCGUUCUGGCGCUCGCACCGCCUGUUCGCGUGGGAUCUAUUCCUGUCCACCCUCUGGAUCGCCGUGUUCGGCACCUUUGCGCGCGUGUUCCUCCCCCUCAAGGCCGGGGACCCGGAGUACGAGGGCACGGACGUGCGCGUCAUGCGCGGCGCCGUCUGGCUCGACCUCGUCAACGCCAUCUUCUGGCUCGGGACGGGCGUCUAUGGCUGCCUGCGCACUUUCGCGAGCAAGAAGAUCGAUGCUAAGAUCAACAGCCUCGAGGCCAAGGUCAACAAGAAGGUGCAGGACAAGCAGGACAAGAUCGCCCAGAAGGUCCAGGGCAAGAUGCAGAGCAAGAUGGACCAGUACUACAGCAAGGAGGCGGCGGCGUCGAAGGAGUCGUGGGGGUCUGACAACACUGUGUAG